GACGGCACCUGCGCGCGCGCCCAGUCUACGCGCGCCCGGCACCACGCGCGCCCGCGACGCGCCACCAUGCCGCUCUACUCGGAGCAUAUAUCGAACAUGUACUUUAGUGGAUCACCCUCGUAUACCGGUUCGUCCUACAGUUAUGGAAGUUCAGUGCCACCUUUCGGAUCUUCGUACAGUGCAUCCUAUCUCAACCCCGGCGGGAGCUACAGUACCCACUCAUCGCUCGGAGGCUACUCCCGAGCGCCCAUAUCUUCGAGAUGGAUAACCAGUUCUGGGAGAAAUUAUUCUCCCAUUCUCAGCACGAUCUCGGAAAGAGGUUCUGCGAGUCCGGUAAGAAUAAACAGCCCACGAAGAAUUCCUAUUGCGAAAAGAACAUAUGGGACUCCAACUUACACUCCGCGCCCUAUCAAUAUCAACACGGCUGAUAUUGAUGUGUCUAAGGACAGGUAUCGUCAUAAAAAUGAGCCCGCCCCUGUGAUUAGUCCUAAGACAUCUCCGAAACGAGAGGAGCCUAGCACUAGUAGUCCUAAAACAUCUUUGAAACAAGAGGAACCUAGCACUAGUAUAGAAAACGGUCCCUUCAUGCCGCGAGUAGAUGGAAAACCUGAAACAGGAAUUGAUUCGUCACCAGGUAUACAAAGGAGUACGAUAAAACGUGGUAGGACAGUAGUGAGGCUUCACACGAUUAAAAGACGUGAAAGAGAUUCUCCUCGAAAACCAAACGAAGAUCUUCCAAAACAGGAUAACGAAAAUACAACAGAUGAAUCUAAAAUACCAAAUGUAGAAGAUCCCACGGAAAAUUUGUCAUGGAGGGAAAGAUUAUCUGAUGAAUUAGUAUAUAAGGGUAAAAAAGAAAAGAAAUCGUUAGGAACGAAGCUUGUUGAGAAAUUUAAAAUACGAAACGACGAUGAUGAUGUACCUAUUCAGGAUACCUCUCAGCGUAUAUCAAAAGCUCCUGCUCAAGAUACCGCUCAGAAUAUUUCUCAGAGUACUUCUAAGAUAGAAGAAAGUGUUCAAAGCUUACCGACUCCUCCUGUGGCUAACACUACAGGUGGGCUUAGCAAAUCUCCAGAUCGGCGUUGUUCUAUGGAGCUUUUAGCUGAACAAGCUAGUUUGUUGGACUCAUUAAUACGUAGUGAAAAUCUCAGCACCACUAGUUUAGAUUUAAGUAAAGUUGGUAUCAGUGAUAAUGCUAAAAGAAAUGAUGAAUUGUUCCAAGCAACUAAAAGAAGAAAAAGUAAUGAUGGAGAAAAUCCCUUAAAAACGACAAAAUCGGAUCAUUCCUUACAUGAUAGUUUUAAAUCGUUUAGAGAUGCCAGACAAUUUCCUAAACGCCGAAGCUUAAAAAAAUCUUCGUCAGGAGGAUCAAUUUGUAGAUUAGAUUCUAUAACUGAGUUUCCAAAAGGAAUAUUGAAUACUGAUCUACCCUCCAUUGAAGAGAGUAGACUUUCAAUUAAAAACGAGACUCCUAAAACAAAACCAAAAUUGAAAGCGAAGAUUACCUCAUCAGUAGACGUAGACGUGUCUCCGCCAAAAAGUCCUUUAAAAUUCAAAGUGGAAAAUGUUACAGUUGAAGAAAUUCCACGAACACCUAAGAAAGAAAUUGUGUAUAGCAGUGUCAUAUACCCAGCUAUAGAAACAGGGGACAAACUUGAAAAAGAUAUCGAAAUCAAUACUCCGCAAAGGACUAACAAAAAUCGAAAAAGUAUUAAGAAGAAAUCAAAACCAUCAACUGACGAAACAUUAUCACCAGAGCCAGAUGACGGUAACUUUUGGGAAAAAAUUGGAAAACGAGAAACAGUGUAUUUAUUGAAAAGAAAACAAAAUAUUGAUGAAAGUCGAGAAAAACAACGAAGAGCAUUAUUUUGGUUUCCCGAAGAACAUGAAUUAAAUGCAGACGAUAAUUAUGAAAUGGCCGAAAGUGGUUUGGAAUGUAGGGUGAACUCAGCUCAACAGGAGGUUAUAGAUAAAGAACUUAAACCAUCGUCAGAAAAUCAGACUGAAAUAAAUAUAAAUAAAUCUGAUUCAGAGGCAUCUGCAGUUGAAAAACAUAUAGAACCUUUAUGUUUGAAUGUGGAAGUACCAAAAACUGAUAUUGGUUCAGAAGAGCUAAAAUCGGGCGUAAAAAUAAAAGAAGAUGAACCCAAAGAAGCAUUGUCAGAUAAAAAUGAGGAACAGAGUUUAAAAAUAGAAGAACAUAAUUCUUCUUCUAACUUUGAGAAAGAUACAGUAAAUGCAGAAAGUAGUGUGCCAAAUGCUGAACCAAUUUUCAUUAAGUCAGUUGAAGUAAAUGCUUGCGAUAAUAUCGGGACACCUACUACUAUACACGCUGAAACAAAUAAUUCAAAAACUGACCCAAUAAUGCCAGAAGAAAAGCCUACUAAAAUUUGCCAUGAUAAGAAAACUGACAAAAUUGCAGCUUCUAACGAUAAAGUUAAUGAAGAUUCUGUCAGCAAAGUAAAAGAUUCGGAAACCGACAUUUCUGUUAAAAAAGAACAAAAAGAAGACACUGCACAGAUGGGUAAUUUGACUGACGAUUCUCAGCUUAAAAAAUCUAAGGAUUCGUUAAUACCUAGCAAAGAAGAAAAUAAGGCAGUAAGCAUGUCGACUUCGUCAAAGGAAACUUAUCUUCAAGAAAAAGACGAGUCCCAAAAUAAAAGUAAUUUAAGUAAGAAAACAGAGUCGGAACCUCCUAAUGACAGUAAUAAGUCUCAAUUGCUAUCUAAGAAUUCAAAAGAAAAAAAAUCCAGUGGUGCUAUGCCAGCCACCGAGAAAGUUCAGCAUAAAAAUGAGACAAAGGUUUCUCCAAGUGAACAAUCUAAAUUGAAAAGUAAUGUCACAUUGCCAACUCAAAAAGACUCGAAAGUUAAAGACGUAUUAAGAAAACCUAUUGGAAAUGAAACUAAAGUCCAAAAACUUAAACCACCAGUGAUAUCAGCUGUACAAAACGUCGAAUCUACUGCUAAGCCUUCCUCUUCUAACCAAGUUAAACAAGAAGAAUGUGCAGUAACAAAUGUUGCACCUACAGAUACGACUACCAGUAUUAUUGCACUAGAAGAUACAUCCGAUAAAAAAGAUACAAUUAGCAAGGAAGAUGAAAAGGAUUCUAAAUUUCUUGAUGUAAAUAUUACGCCAGUUUUAGAAAACAUUCCAAAUGAAAACAAUGAACUUAAAACUGAAGUAUUAGUACAACAAGAAGGUAUAGGAGAGGAUAAAAAGGCUGAAAAUGUUCCUAAGAUUGAAGAAAAGUUAAUAGAAGAUGCGAAACCUCAACCUGAGGUAGCAGUGAAACCUGCACCAAGUCCUAGAAGACCUGUGAAAGAAGAAGCAGCCUUGAGGCCCUUGAUUGCAACUCCACGUCCACUCCAAAAGAAAUCUCCGCAAGUGAUUCAUUCUUCAAGUUCCUCAGAAUCAGCGUCGGAAGAUUCAUCUGAUGAAGAGGAUGAGGAUGAAUCUGAUUCGAGCGGGGAUUCAAAUGAAUUUUAUGAGUGCGAAAAUAAUCCGGACGGCAGAACCUCCACGGGAUCCAACGACUCCGGGUUCGACUCAUCAGCUCCAACUUCUCCUGCGGGAUUUGUUCAUAUCAAGAAAGACUGUGACGUAAACUGCCAUCGCAAGUGUGAAAAGUUGACGGCGAACUUGUGCGGGGUGAACCAGCGGCUCCUGGUGGAGGCUUUGGCGGCGCGGCCCUCGUUUAGGAAAGGUGGCGAGAGCCCUGGCACCUCGGCGGGCGCUGUGCAAGCGCAAAGCGACGCCACCGACGUGCUAGAACAGGAGCUUGAACAGUCCACAGCUUACGGGUUAUUCAAGAAGACAGGGCGGUUCACGCCCCCUGCGAGGUCCAUUCCACGAUUCCGAAAAUAUGCUAUUGAAGACUUCCACUUCAUCAAGGUCCUGGGCAAAGGCAGCUUUGGCAAGGUAUUACUGGCAGAGCUACGGGACACUGAGUACUACUACGCCGUGAAAUGCCUGAAGAAGGACGUGGUAUUAGAAGACGACGACGUCGAGUGCACCCUCAUAGAGAGAAAGGUGCUCGCACUCGGCACCAACCACCCGUAUCUUUGCCAUCUGUUUGCUACUUUUCAGACUGAUUCUCACCUGUUCUUCGUGAUGGAAUACCUGAACGGCGGUGACCUCAUGUUCCACAUCCAGCAAAGUGGCCGCUUCCCGGAGUCGCGCGCGCGCUUCUACGCCGCAGAAAUCGUGUCGGGACUCAAGUUCUUGCACAAGAGAGGCAUUGUUUACAGGGAUUUGAAACUGGACAAUAUCCUCCUGGACUUUGACGGGCACGUGCGUAUAGCAGACUUCGGCAUGUGCAAGCUACAGAUUUACUUGGACAAGACCGCGGACACGUUCUGCGGCACCCCCGAUUAUAUGGCCCCUGAGAUAAUCAAGGGGCUGAAGUACAACCAGACGGUGGAUUGGUGGUCGUUCGGCGUACUGCUGUACGAGAUGCUGAUCGGCCAGAGUCCUUUCAGCGGCUGCGAUGAAGACGAGCUGUUCUGGUCCAUUUGCAACGAGAUGCCGUCCUACCCGCGCUUCCUAUCGCAAGAGGCGCUCACCGUACUCACGCGGUUGUUGGACAAAGACGCGCGGACGCGGCUGGGCGGCGUAGAAUGCAUGCACGGGGACGUGCGGGACCAGGAGUUCUUCCGACCCAUCCACUGGGACCGCUUGGAGCGCAGGGAGCUCGAGGCGCCCUUUAAGCCACGAGUGAGGCACCCGCUAGACACGCAGUACUUCGACCGCGCGUUCACAGGCGAGCGGCCGCGGCUGACCGCCGUAGAGCCGCACGUCCUCCGCUCCAUGGACCAAGAACCCUUCAGGGGUUUCUCGUACACGAACCCCAACGCCACCGACCGCUAAAACCAACCCUAUUCCUUUAGGGUGGUAGUUCGAAUUCGCUCAGCUAACGACGGAGCCCCAGGCGAGUGUAGUUUGUUAUACCACGCCUAUAAAGCUUCGUGAUUUCAGCUCUACAACGGAGCUAUAUGAGGCGGGUGAAAUGUUAGCGCAAGGCGAAGAUAAGUUGAUAGAAUUGAAUUUUUCGCACGCACGAAAAACAUUUAAUUCGAGUAGUUUAACGAGAAAAGUUGUUGAAAUACCCUCCGCGGGCGGAUCAGGUUAUUAUUUCAUUUACAGAUUACUAUGCAUCAAUUUCAUUUCAUAGGUCUGUACUUAUUGCGUGGGUAAUAUAGUUGAAAACGUUAUCAUUAACGUCAUUAAAUAUUUUUUUGUAGAUUGCAAAAACAUUGUAAUUAUUGUAAAUCGUUUUUCAGCUCCUUGUGUUAUUUGAAAGCUGAAAAAGACAUCUAUCAGUAAGCUAAUUUUCACGUGUAGCCUAUGAAUUUUAAUGUAAAACAAUACUUAUAGUUGCAUGAUACUUUAAAGGAACAUCAGUUCCUCAUCUA